UUCUUCUUCUUCUCUGUUAUCCCAAUUCUAAAGUUUAUUCCUUUUUUUGUUUUCUCAAUUUCUGAUUGAUUGCAAAAGAGGCUUUCCUGGGUUUUAGGGUUUUUGUUCUUCUUACACUUGAUCACGUUUUUUUGCCCCCAAGUCUGUGAAAUUUCUCCUUUCCCACGUUUUGGGUUUCGAGGUUUUAUUAUUUUGUUGUGUUAGCAAGUCUAUCACAAGCUUAAAUCUUUCAAUUUUUGGGUUUCCAAGUUUUGAUUUUAAGAAGCAAUCAGCUGUUUAGUAUAAGAAUCAAUUCGUUUCCUUUUGAAGGAACACAAGGACGUUGUUGGAUUCUGAGGAAUUAUGGAUUUUAAAGGUAUAAAAUGGGUUGGGAAUGUGUACCAGAAGUUUGAAGCAAUGUGCUUAGAGGUUGAAGAAAUCAUUGUGCAGGAUACCGCAAAAUACGUUGAGAACCAAGUUCAUACGGUUGGUAAUAGUGUCAAGAAGUUCUGUUCGGAUGUGGUUCAAGACUUGCUUCCUGAUGAUGAUGAUGAUGACUCUGUAGGUUCAGGAAAACCUUUACCUGUUUCUAUGUUAAAUGAAUACGCUCCUGUUUGUUCCUUCAAGAAGAAGAAAGAAAGCGUGAACCGAAAAGCCAGAGAUGUGAAGCAAGAGGAAGAGGUUACUGAAGGGAAGAAGGAUGGAUGUGCUAUGAAAUUGCGUGGUCUUGAUGCAGAUGAUUAUGAUAUAUGUACUUCUCCGAGACAGUAUAGUUAUGGUGGUCCAUAUAGAAGAGGAAAAGUUGGCCGCAAACAGAUCUUUAAAAAAGAGGAGCCUUUUCAAGUUACCAGGCCUAUUAUCCAAUCAAAGGUUCAUAGUGCUUGUGUCAAAGAUGAUGUCGGGACUGUAAAGUCGAGGAGUUUAUCAAUGGUUCAUAGUGCUCGUGUUAAAGAUGAUGUUGGAACUGUGAACUCAAGGAGUUUAUCAAUGGUUCAUAGUGCUCGUGUUAAGGAUAAUGUUGGAACUGUAAACUCAAGUAGUUUAUCAAUGGUUCAUAGUAUCAAAGAUGACGUCAAAACUGUAAGGCCAAGUGAUACUCCUCCAGGUGAAGUAGAAAGACUCAUCUCUAAAAAGGAAGGUCAGAAAGAGAAUAAACCCGAAAAUCAAAACAGUCUGACAGCGAUUAAUUCUGUUAGAAGUAAAGAUUCAGAGAUUAGAACUGAGAUUGAACAUGGUCUUACGGUUGUUAAUUCUGUUAGAAGUCAAGAUUCAGAGAUUCAACCAUCUGUUGCUACUAGCUUACCUGCAGGAUCUGAUGAUUGCAGAAAGGAAACCGAUGAGGAUUCAAUGGAAACAAGUUCGAGUUCUGUCUUAGAGCAAAAGUCCAACAUUCUCCAACAUCUUAUUGGAGGAUCAGUUGAAGAAAGCUGUAUACUUGUGGACAGAGACGAACUCCAUUGUGUAUUUCCUGACAAGAUGGAGGAUGACAAACACAAACCAUACAAGAAGAUCAGAGACGUUAUAUCUUCAAGAAUGAAGCAAAACAGAGAAAAAGAAUACAAGCGACUUGCGCGUCAAUGGUACGCAGAAGAUGUUGAGAAUGGGAGAGAAUGUGGCGAUAAUCCGAAACCGGUAGAGGAAAACCAAUCAUCAGAAGAAUCUGAAUGGGAGCUUCUGUAAAAUGUUUAAUGGUACACAGAGGAUAAUAUAGCUCUACUACUCUCUCACACUCUCUCUAUGUGUAUAUAAAAGAAUGUAUUAAGCAAAACAUAAGAAGCAGCUUAAAAGGCUUCCUCUGCUGGCUCUGGUUACAUAAUUUAAUAAGGCUUCUAAUAUACUUAUUUAUCAAAUUUUUAUUUAUAAUUUCAAGUAAAUAUGUUUUUUACAAAA